AAAGCGAAUUGGGUAAUUGCACACGCGCACUUCAGAGUAGACGUUCCCUAACGGAAAUAGGCACGUGUGCUAGCGCAUGCUUGGCUCUGCCCACUAUAACUCGUUUGUUCUUUUUUGAAAGGACAAGAUGUGGUCUAUCUUGGUUUAGUUAUAAACAUAUUUGGUUUGGCUAGCGAACAAGCAUUUUAGCCAGGAAGCCUAGGACAACAAACAUGUAAAGCGUGUACUGUAUGACAAAAUGAUAAACGCUAAUGACAAAACGUUUUUUUCUUUCUACAAGUAAGUUGCAAGUUCCUGUUUUGCAGAAAAUGUGCUCCUUCACAUUCAGGUUGGUGGAUGGUGGUCUCAUGUUCGUGCUCCUCAGUUUGACUAGGAUUUCUGCCCAGAGAGAAAUGUCCUUAAACCCCACUACAAUAGGUCAUUACACAGAGUCCCCAUGUCAACUAUGUGACAAGUAUGAAACUACUGUGACAGAGGGGGAGGCCCUUAGUUUGCCAGCCUACUAUGACCUGAGUGAGUUGGUUUGGGCCAGCGUGACUGAGUUUACCUGGUACAGAAACAGAACCCAAGAGCUCCCGUCCUCUGAGGAAGAGCGUGUGCAUCAUCAUGGACCGGUGCUCUUCUUCCUCCCCCUUUUAAUCAACGACUCUGAUCAGUACUACACCUACUGGAGAAAGGCAGCAGACACCUGCCUAAUGUUUGUGACAGAGGUGAUUGUUGUCAAAGCACAACCGUUUGAUCAUUCAGUCCUGUUUAACGAUAUCUCAGAGUCAGCAGACAACAUUGCUAUCCCAUGUCCUGACCCCGUGGAAAAACUAUGCCAGGAUGGAAAAGAGAACAUAGCCUGGUAUAAGAAUUUCAGUCUCAUUCCAAACGAGUCUGAGAGAAAUCUGUGGGUGUAUGGCGCCUCCAAAGCAGACGAGGGCAUCUAUACGUGUGUGUGCACGUGGGAGCACAAUGGGACGGUUCUCAAAACUUCUGCAUCCAGGAGACUAAAGAUCCAAGCUCCCUCUGCCUCGCAUCCUCCUCAGAUCAACCUGCCUAUAAACGGAAGCACAGAGACCACUGACCUGUACACCACAAAGAAGUUGAGGUGUGAGGCGUUUUGUGGGCAGAACAUUGAAGACAACUGUCACGUGUGGUGGGAGAUAAAUGGAGUGAAAGUGCACUUGCAGCAGCAAGGCUACUCGGUGAACACCACCAGCGAGGUGGAGGUAUCUUCAAUGCGGAGUAUCUUCACAGCUAUCCUGACCAUAAACACAGUGACUAUGAGGGACCUCCAGUCAAAGUUCACAUGUGUUGCAAUGAACGACCAGAAAUGGGAUUAUGUAGUAGUUACUCUCAAGCUAAGAGGGUUUAUGUUUAUGGGUCUAUGUGUGGUGGUACUGCUCUUCUUCUUGCUAGCUGCUGUGGCCGUCAAAGUCUUUGACAUCGAUCUGGCGCUUCUCUUCCGUGGAGUUUUCAAAUGCUGUGGUCGAUCUGAGGAUGGGAAGGUCUAUGAUGCUUACGUUGUCUACCAGAUGGAUGGCGUAGACAAGGAAAGGGAGGAGAAAUUGUAUCACUUUGUGAGCAUUGUUCUGCCCACUGUCCUGGAGCAGAAGUGUGGCUUUAGACUCUUCAUCCACGGCAGAGACGACUUACCUGGAGAAGACGACAUGGAGUUGGUGGAGGACUGCAUGCGGCUGAGCAGGAGGCUGAUUGUCAUCCUGACCCCCAGCUCAAGCACAUGGUCAGGCUCAGGAGGUCAAGGGUCAUGUGGCCAAUGGGGCUACUCGUCUUCGUUGACCACAGCGGAGGACUAUGACUGUCAGGUGGGGCUCCUCCAGGCUCUGGUCCACAGUGAGAUGAACGUCAUCCUCAUCCAGCUGGGGGACAUGGGGGAGGGUGGCUACACACACCUGCCCCCCGGCCUGCAGCACCUAGUCCGCAAGAAUGCCCCCUUAAUCUGGCAUGAGGGAAGGCGUGGGUCGACGCUGCCCAACUCAAGCUUCUGGAAGAGGGUGCGUUACAUGAUGCCUUGGCCGCGCUCAACUAGUUUUGACAGCCAGUUAAUGACUGUUCUAUGUGAACAAUCUGGUCUGAGGACUUGAAGUGCGUGUGGAGGUCUGGGUUCUCUGAAAAUCCUUAUUCCAUUCAUAGAAAUAUCAUUAAUUAUUCCAGUGCUGUGCAGCGAUAUACACAGGUUAGCUGAGCACGUCACAAAAACGAUGUGUACAAUGUGGCAGAAGGCCGUGUGUUGUUGUGAUUCUGGAUGGCUAGCAACAAUGACAAGAAACUGCCAUGUGGGGAAUAGUAAGUGGCUAAUUUCAGCUAGUUUUAUCUUGUUCUUGAUUCCAUGUCUUGUUUUUAGGUAUUUUGACUGAUGUCACGUCUAUGCUAAUAUGGCAAAAUGUCCUUGCUUACUAACCAACAACUGUAACAAUGUAUUUGUGAGAGAACAAGUGUUCAUUGUGUAACUUUUUUAUGUUUUCAAUAAACAUUGGAGACUAAACAUA